AAUCAAUCCAUCGAUUAUCCAUAAUCCAUCGUCAGCAUAUAUAUACCGUGCAUCUAUCUGUCAGUCGGCGUGCUGCGCUGCGACGAUCGAUGGCGUCCUCCUCCAAGAUCGCAUUCCCGUCCGUCGUCCUGGCGCUUCGGCUCCUGGUCCUCGCCGUCCUGGCCGGAUCCAUCGUCCUCAUCGUCACUAAGAAGGUCAACGUCACCUUCCCGUCCGGCGAUACCUUCAGUUUCAGCUUCGAGGACGUCUACUCGUACAAGUAUCUUCUGGGCAUCGCCGUGGUUGGAUGCGCCUACACUUUGCUGCAGAUACCGCUCGCGGGAGUCACAAUCGCCAAGAGGAGCAAAGUGAUCGGAGGCACCACGAACGUGGCAUUGUUCCUCAUAUGCGCCGAUGUGGUUUUCGUUCUAGCGUUCGCGACGGCCGCGGGCGCUGGCUUCGGCUUGAGCUACGACGUGAAGCGCUCCAUGGACGAAGACUACAACGGGCUGAACGCGAGGGACCGCGCGGAAAACUCCGAGUACCACAGCAAAAUGGACAGCUUCUUGGUGCGCGGCUACGCCGCAGCCGCGCUCGUGAUUGUCGCCGCCAAAUCCGUGGCCGCCGUGGUACUUAUCUCCGUCUACGCGCUCGUCAAGUGAUGAUCAUUAGUUCCCGCUGAGGCUUCAUUCGUUUGACCCCUUCCCGGGCGGGGAUCAACAGCGGUCGACAACGGGGUUUGCCGCUCAAUUCCUCCUCGUUGCCUCCCAAUCCUCUCCGAUCCCUGUUUAAGUGAACAGGCCAGGAUUGAUAAUUUCUUGGUGUACAUUUAAUAAGCACUCAGUUCACCAAUACUCCGUCGUGUUCUGCUGCAACAGAUGGGGAUUUGUUUCAUGCCCAUAAUGUUUUGCUACAUGGGCCUAGCUAAAAUACUUCAUGUUUUUUGUGUUGUUUCUGCAGGCUAAUGUUGUAAGAAUAUUGCAUACAAACAAAUAAAUGUUGCAAGCGGAGUUUUCAUGUUG